AAUAAUAUAGUACACAAUUUUCUAAAGCUGACAAGGUUGUAGCAUUUGGCUACACUGCUUGCACCACCAUUGGUGCUAAAGAAUGUGAGCGUUAUAAAAUUGACGCAUCCUGUAAUUUUAUGAAAAUUAACAAUGGCAGUUAAAGAGAAACAAACAGAUGCUUCUGUUGAUGAAAUAGAAUGGAAUGUUGAAAAUGAAAUUCAAUUAUUCUUUGCUAUGAAUGGACAUAAACCUGUUGGUAUUAAUAAAUAUUUUCAUAUGGUCUGCAUAUGGGAAAAAUUUCGUACUGCCAUUCACAAGGAUGUGUCAUUAAAAAUAAUUUGGGAACAUUUGGAAUCAAUGUACGAUCUAAUGGCUCUGGAUGAUAUGGAGGAUUUACCAUUUCCCAGUCAAGAGAUAGAUUUUUCUUUACCGGAAGAGUUUUUGGGACCUCUUAAAUCUCGAAAAAGAGAGGAACCAGAAUUAAAGCUGAAAGAACAAAGGGAAAAAUUUAAGGAGCUUAAGAAAGAUAAAGAAAUUAAAGAUUCUACAAAAAAAGAAACUGUUCUUCGCGACCUUAAAGGAAGUAAAGACAUUGAUAAAAAAAAAGAAGAAUUUAAAAAAUAUGUUAAAGAUAUAGAAUUAAAAAAGGAUAAGCUUAGAGAAAUAAAAGAUGUUAGGAAAGAAUACAAAUCUUCUAAGGGCCGGUCAAAGGGAAAGGAUGAUCUUGAAGAAACAGCUUCAAAUGGCAAAAAGGAACGUAAGGAUUCUGAUUGUGGUCGAGAAAGUUUGAAAAGAGGUCCAAAACGACCAACUAGGCAAAGUAUGGAUAGUACAUCUAAAGCAUCUUCCAGUCCACGUGAUACACCUCCACCAAAACGAAGAAGGAUAUAACAAUUUGCAUAAAAUUAUUUUACUUGUACCUUAUAUUGUGUAUAAACAUUGCAUUUUAAUGUGUGAAGAAAAUGUGAAUCAUAUAUUUUUUUUUAUACAUGAUUCACAUUAGGUCUCAUAUGAAAGACUAUCUAGAAAUCCACUUUUAUAAAAAGAAUGUAAACUAAAUCACUGUAAAUAUAAUAUAUUCAGUAAUCGAUA